ACUAUUAGUCGCGUUGCCGCGGCACCUUGUCGGUUGUAGCAUAUAGUGUUUUGUUCCCGACAUUGUGAAUGCUGUGUCUAACAAACCUUGCCACCGCUAUCGCUUUCCGCGACACUUUAGUGGCCGAGUGGUGCACAGGUUAUCAUCUUUGGUUAUCGUGUUGAGGAUAAUACUGUGUAAUAUGCUGGUGAAGCCUUCGCCAACGCUCGCUGAGUGACAUGUCGACGAGAGUAACACGCACUGCGCAUUCCGCACGUCGUCAUCCAUCGAAGAAGCAGCAGUUGCUAUCGUACUGUCAUCGUACUGCGAAAAUUCCGCUCGGUAUUUCAUUACCUGUGUCGCCGCGAUCGAACAUCGCUGUUGGGUUUAACCUUCCAAUCAACUGAACAGUUUUCUUCACGUUAGAUUAUUGUCUUGAUUCGCGAUCAACGGGUCUAUCACGAAGUGACAUAUGUGAUUCCAUCAUAAUCGUCGUCGGGCUCGAUCUCAUGCGAGGUUGCUUAGGUGAUAACAAUGUCAGUACAUUACAAAUUUAAAUCCACCUUGGACUAUGAUACUGUUUCAUUUGAUGGAUUGCAUAUUUCUGUAGCAGAUUUAAAGAAAGCUAUUUUUCAUCAGAAACGUAUUGGCAAAAAUACAGAUUUUGAUCUACAAAUUACCAAUGCACAAACAAAAGAAGAUUACACAGAUGAUAAUGCAUUGAUUGCUAAGAACACUAGCCUUAUUGUUGCUAGAGUUCCACUCACAGUACAACAAAAGCGCUCUUGGGACCGAAAUGAAACCCCUCCAUUUAAUAACUUGAAAGAUGAAACUAAUUUGGGCAGAGCUGUUGAUCUUACAAGAUUGGAUGGUUCGGAGGAAGAUAAAAUUCGUGCAAUGAUGACACAGUCAACUCAAGAUUAUGAUCCAUCUAAUUACAUGAAAAUUCGUGGAGCAAACCAGACUGGUGACGUACCUGCCAACUAUCGUUGUUAUAAAUGCCAUCAACCUGGCCAUUGGAUAAAAAACUGUCCAUUAGGUACAAAUCAAGAACCAAUAGAAAUAAAGAAGAGCACAGGCAUCCCUCGAAGUUUCAUGGUACCAGUUGAAGGUCCUCUCGUACCUGGUGCUAUGAUGACACCUACAGGACACUACGCAGUACCUGCUAUCGAUCAUCAAGCUUAUAAGGAAGGCAAAAAAGAACGACCGCCAUUUUCACAAGAUCCGGAACCUGUGGUAGAGAAACCAGAAAUACCAGAAGAUUUACUAUGUAAUAUCUGUAAAGAUCUGCUGACGGAUGCAGUAAUGAUCCCGUGUUGCGGAAAUUCCUUUUGUGAUGAAUGUAUUCGCACAUUUUUAUUGGAGUCUGAGGAACACGAGUGUCCGGAUUGUAAUGAGAAAGAUGUAUCGCCAGAAACUCUUAUUCCGAAUCGAUUCCUGCGUAAUGCAGUUAUGAAUUUCAAAAAUGAAACUGGCUAUGCCAAAAGACAAACGUAUCGGCCUCCUGUGCAGACUGCUGGACAACCGUCGGCUGUGCCAACUGAGCAACCAAAAGUUGAAGUGCAGCAACUCGCUAGUCAAGUAUCACCUCAAGCUACACAAUCAUCCUCUGUUCCUAACGCGCCAUCUCAAGAACCUGCAGAACCGCCGCAACCUAUUAAUCUCGAAUCCACUUCGCAACACAUCCCGGCCACAUCCAGCAGUUCGCAAUCACAGACGCCGAGCACUCUGCCUGAACCCACCUCAGAAUCACACUUACAAAGUGAUUCGGUAACAAAACUAACAACUGAUGAAGAAACUGAGGUACCUCCUCCUCCAGGAACAGAGCCCUUACUUCCAAUCCCCACUAUUGUAAGCUCGCCCGAGAGAGAACAAGAACGAAACCAGGAGCCACCUUGUCGUGAGAAAAAAGAACGGGACAAUGAUUACGCAGGAGAACGGCAAUCCAGAGAACGUCGACGGAGCUUCAGUAGAGACAGUCACCGCGAAAGAAGUGGAGAGCGUGGCCGUAGAAUCGAGAACUUACGACCAUUGAGUCGCAGGCGAUCCUUGUCGCCCCGUCAUUCUCAGCAUAGCGAUUAUCCAUCCUCGAGCGGAGUGCCGCCUCACUUAAUGAACCCACCUCCUUCCAAAGGUUAUCAAAGUCACCUGGGGGAUGAUGGACAUUACCCACCUGCUAUGCAUUAUGACAGCAGCAUACGCAGACCCAAUGAGGAUCGCCCUGGUACUCCGACGGUUGACGAACCACAUUUACAUGUCCCUCCAUCUGGCAACCAGCCGCCAUUAUUACCAUUUCCACCCGGUGAGGAGCGUAUACCACCGCCGAAUUACAAUCAACCACCGCCGAAUGUGCCGCCUCACAAUCCUCCCCUGUUGCCUGAUCCAUAUAUGAGUCAUCGAAUACCAAUAUAUCCACAUCAACAGGGCUCGCAUUAUGGACCGCCGAGAUACGAUAGACCACCUUAUCAGCAGCAAGGAUAUCGGCCGUCUCAGCCGCCUCGAAAUUACAAUGGACCACCAAGAGGACCAAUUAGAGGAUUACAUCACAUGGGAUAUAGAAGUUUACAACCACCUCCUCCAGGGCUUGGUAGAAACAUACAUAAUGGAAAUCCUCCUAGUAUUAUUGAUGAUCCAUUGGAGGCGUUUGAACGUAUGCUCCGAGAAAAGGAUGAGAGAGAUAGACGUCUCGGUAAACAUAGACGAAGGAGCAGAACGCGAUCUCGCUCCCGCAGCUACAGCAGAUCCAGAUCACGCUCAUUUGGCCGUAGAUCACCGUUUACUCGUAUUAGUCGUUCUCGUAGUCCACCGAAACGCAGGUCGUCCAGAUCACCCUUACCACUUAGACCUCGCAGUCGUACCCCGAAACGUAGAUCAAAUAACAGAUCAAGGAGCGGCAGUUUCUCCAUCAGCAGAUCCAGAUCAUAUUCCCGCAGUCAGUCACCGAGGUUAUCCCCGUCCAGAGACCGGGAUCGAGAGAGAGACAGGGACCGGGAGAGAGAUAGGGAAAGAGAUCGUGAGCGUGAUCGCGACCGCGACCGCGACCGUGACAGGGAUCGCGAACGAGAUCGGGACCGCGAUUUGCUACCUAGAUAUCGGUCGCCAAUAAGAUCACCUCCAAGAUUCCAAAGAGAACGGGAUCGUGAGAGAGAACGACCGAGAUCCCGCGAGCCUCGGGACGGAUACAACACUUAUUACAGCGACUCACCGGCUCAUGAUUAUCAGUUCAGAGAUCGUGAGCGCGAUUUACCACCUAGGGAGAGGCCGUUGCCGAGAUAUCCCAUAAGGAACCAGUCGUCCCAACAUAACAUACCGCCGUUGAUGCCCCAUCUAGUCACUGGAGGUCACCCACCACCGCCGCUUAUGUCACUGGGACCUCCGCCUACGGACAGGAAAGACUAUUAUGAUUCCUACAACAGGUAUUCCGGUCCACCGCCACCGCCGCCACAACGUUUCAGCAGCCCUCUGAGAGAUCCUCCGCCUCACAAACGGUUCGAUGAUGUUGCACCGCCUGGUACUGAGGGUUACUAUGACCUUUCGCCACCGGGUGUUGAGCAUUCCGACAGGAUUCUAAGAGACGAUCGCGAGCGACAGCGUUCGCUCAGAGAACAAGAGGACCGGGAGCAUUCGUCGAAGGAUCGUGACAAUGAGGAACGCGACAGAUUGCCUUUGAGAGAUGAUAGGGGUCGUGAUCGCGAGGAUCGUAUACGCGAGAGAGACGAGAGGGAUCGCAGGAUAGCGACCAGAGAUCGCGAGGAUCGCGAGAGACCAGGCCUACCGAGAGAUCAUGAGGACAGGAUACGAGAGAAAGACGACCGCGACAGAAGAGAGAAGGAGAAGGAACGAGACGACAGACAUAUUCGUGAUCGACGAGAUGAUGACAGACAUGUUGAGAAAAAGGAUUACGACAAAGAUCGUUACAGAGACGAUCGGGAUCGACAUAGUCGGGAUGAUAAGGGUCGUCCGCGCGAGAAGGAAAGACGCGAACGCGACUACGAACCCGAGAAGGAUCGUGAUCGACAUGAGCGAUAUGAGAGACGCUCUGUGGAGAGAAAGAAGGGCAGCAGGAAGAGUCUGACCCCGUAUUCGCAGAAGUCCAGAAGUGAUGCCAAGGACCUGUCGCCGGAGCGUGCGAAAAAGAAGGAGAAAGAUCACGAAGAGAAGGCGGAAGAGAAAAAGAAGGAGAAGAAGAUCAAAGAGAAGAAGAAGAAGAAAGAUAGCGAGGAGAAGGAAAAGAAGAAGAAGAAGAAGAAAGAAAAGAAAUCCAGCCAGAAGGACGCAGCGCCCAAGGAUGACUCGAUGAAAGCGGUGGAGUCUGAGGAUGCCUUAAUCGAAAUCAAAACGGCGGACGACACGUCAUCCUCGCCGCUCAAGACCGAGUCUAUGAAAACAUGCAAUGAGGAAGACAACGUCGAGAACAGAAUAGAAUGCAUACACAGCGAAACAUCGAUCGUGCCGUCGAUCAAGGAAGAAUUUGAGGACAAGUCAUUGGCGAUGAACCCGGAACCGCCAGAAUUCCACGGGUCAAGCCCAGGUCGAAUUGAUCACGCGGAAUUUGGCACGAAUCCGCCAAAUCCAAACUUUAAGCCGAUCCCGGAGCUGAAGUCCGAGAUGAAAUCAACCGCAAUUGACAGUCUUUACAGCGGACUGGACGACACAGAGAUUAAUACUGUGAUCACGGAGAAGUACUCCCUGAUGUCAUCGACGGAACAUGAGAACGACGUGAAAGAAGAGGCGCCCGCGGAGAAGUCACCGAAGAAGGACGAGUUCCUGGCGCCCAUACCAGAACUGUCCAAGUGGGAACGUGACGACACGAUCGAGAAACCCGAAGACGACGAGAACGAUGACGCACAGAGCUCACCUGUGGAGAAGACGCAGUCGGACGAGCCGAAGUCAACAAAAAUGGUGACGUCUGAAGUGCUAAAACGUGCGGAGAACGCGAUAUUUCAGAAGGCGAUCAAUGCGAUCAGACCGAUCGAGAUAAAAAAAAUCAGCGAGAGCAGGAAGAUAUUAUAUCAGAAUCCAGAGCCCAAGGUACUAGAGGUGGUAGACCCAGCAGUGACUGGCGGCGGUAAUCGAGAGCCGCGGAAAGUCGUCAAUGUGACGAUCAACGUCGGCAGGAACGAGAGAAAUGUCGAGAUUACCGAGCCCGUAAAGAAAGCUAAACUUGAUCGUACGAAGUUCAAGCCUGUCCCGGAGACGUACUCGCCGACCAGAUUAUCCGCGAAGGAACGACUUGGCGAGAAGAUCGAAGACUGCAAGGAAAGAAAGAUCAGUCCGAUAAAGAGCUUUUUAGAGCGACGUGAUUCGAAGAGUGAGAAUCAGUCGAGAAGUCGAUCACCUAGACGGGAGAAGCGACUGUCAUCUCCAAUAUUGGAACGACGAGUGGAACCGUCAUCGUUGGGCUUGACAAGUGGUGAGCGAAAGGUAUUCUUGGAAGACAGGAAGCGAGAUAAAGAUAGAGGCAGCGAUCGCUCCAAGGACAGGUCUGAUUUUCGUGGUAGCGACCGGCAUGAGCUAAGGUCUGAGCGGGAAGGUAGAAUGGAUUGCAGAACGGACUUCCGAUCGAGUAGGAGUGACAUGAAAGACAAGGACCGUGAAAAGGAGCGUGAUCGUGAGCGCAGAGGUAGAACGCCACCUGCUUCUACCAAUGUAUUUAAAUCACGAACAACGGAGAUGUCGAAAAUGAACCUACUGAAAUCCAAAGACGAUGAGGAAGAGAGAAAACGAGAUAAGAAGGGAACACGGGAGGAGAAGAAACGAAAGAAGGAGCACCGUAGCAGAAGUAAGUCUAAGGAGCAUAAGAAACGCAAAGAAAAGAAACAUAAAAAGGACAAGGAGAAAAAUCAGGAGAAGAAGCAAAAGCACAAAGAUAGCGGUGCAGUUGUGGCGACUCUGAAAGAAAAGUCCGAUGGCAACGAGACGAAGAUCACCGGUUACGAAACUACCGAACAACCAUUGACGGAAUCGUUGAAGAAACAACGGAAAAACCCUAGGCUUGUGUCCGAUCGCAAGCGCAGUAUGCUAGAUGAGGCGAGCUUCGAGCCUGAUUACUCUGCUUCUGAGUCAGAAACGGAUGGCGAUGACAAAACAUUGCUACCAACGAAGAAACUCAAGCUCGAUGAACCGGAAUUGGACAAGGAAAUGGAGAUAAAAUCACUGAAAAAACGAUCCAAAUCGAGUAGCAGCGAGGACACGUCCAGCAGCUCUGACAGCACGAGCUCCGACUCAGACAGCUCCGACGAGUCGCACAGAAAAAAGAGAAAGAAGCAUAAGAAACAUAAGAAGAAGAAGUCUACGAAGAAAGAUAGUAGCUCGGACUCGGACACUUACUCGGAUUCCUCUGACAGCAGCAGCGACGAGGAAAGACACAAGAAGAAAUCAAAGAAAUCGAAAAAUAGAAGCAAGCAGUCGAAGAAGAAGAAAAAGUCCAAGCAUAAAUGACAUCAUUAGGUGUGCUUGAUACUCGAUCGAGGAACUAUACUGAGCGAGUGGAGGAAAGAUAACAGCAGAAAGCUUUUCAAACCCUUUUCAGAUAUUGAUGGAAAUGACUCUCUCACGAUCAUCCAUAGUUUUUGCAGAUAAGUCCGUUUGACAAUGAUGCAUUACUCCUCGCAUAUCUUUCGGACGGAUUAUUUUGUACUCGUGACAUUCUUGCUACAGUUCAAAGCUUUUACAGAAAGUUGUAUUUAACAAUAAAUUAUUUAUUGGUGCGGACAAGAAGCUUAAAUGCGAUGUUUCCGCAUACAAUUAAUACAAAUUAACGGACCGAGAAGUAGUAGAAAAAAAA